UGGCGGCGAGAAACGAGAGCGAUGUUGUAGCUAGCUUGAUAGCAUCGCCUUUUUUUAAGGCGGUCUUUCACAGAAAAACUUCAAAUAAUAAAAAUUGGAAGUCGAAAAUGUUAUGAAAGUGGAAAGACAAUUCAAGACCGAAAAUUAUUAUUAGUUGGAGACGUACGUGCGCACGGAAGCUGCACAGUGAAAACUACGGGCUGCACUUUGACUUCCGCCGGCUCAACAUUGAACUGACAGUCAUGUUCACACUUUAAGACCAGGAGACCAUCAGAGGAUCGUUUGGGAGCUUUGGUACUGAUGUCCAUAGAGAAAGGACUUCUUUUGGAGCUCAAGUCAAAGGACAAACUUUACUACGCUGCCAUCGCCCACUUCACAAGGAAAGACCGACGAAUGGAUUUGGUUUUCAUGUGAGCCCAGUCUCCAGAGUGAAGUAUCAGGUGAACAAGUCCACGACACAUGGUACAUGUAUUUACAGCACCUCCAGUCAGAAAACACUGUCCCUGGAAGCCGCAGUAGAUAUGAGAUCAUCCGUGAUACUGCUGAUCAUCCUGGGAGUCAUCUCAGGUGGAAUCCAUGGCGCUAAUGUUCUACCAGACAGUGUCACUGCGGUUGUUGGAGGGACAGUGACGUUCACCACAACAGUGACUCCACCACAAACACCGUUCCUGGUUGUCACCUGGAGUUUCACAAACGCCCACGACGCCACUUCUAAUGUCAUAACCUCGAGUCAAGCACAUAAUGCAACUGCACCAGCGUAUACAGACAGGAUCAGACUCUUCAGAUCUACUGGAUCUCUGGAGCUCAGCGGUCUGACUGUCAGUGACACUGGAGUGUACAAAGUCGCACUGAUACCAGAUGGAGCAGCGCAGGUGAAAGGAAGCUGCAGGCUGUUGGUGCAUGUUCCCGUCACUAAUGUAACAGUAAGUGCCAGUAACACAGAGGUGCUGGAGUUCGGCUCUGUCCGUCUGUCCUGCUCCUCCUCUGGAUCCUCCCUCUCUUUCCUCUGGCUCAAUGGCAGCUCUGAGGUCACAGCCAGUGACAGAGUCCAGCUCACUGAUGGAGGUUCUGCUCUCACGAUACACCAUGUGACCCGCUGUGACCGGGGACCAUUCAGGUGUCAUGUGACAAAUCCUGUCAGUAAUGGCACCAGUGAUCCAGUGAACCUCUUAAUAAUAUUGGGCCCAGAAAAUACAACACUAACGAUGUCUCCGUUGCAAGAAUAUUACGCUGAGGGGUCAGACGUCAGCCUGACGUGCUCGGCCGUCUCCGGACCUGCGGCACACUUUCUCUGGUUUGUGAAUGGACACAGGCUGACUGACACUGGAGCAGAGCUCAGACUGAAGAACAUUCAGAUGAGUCAGAGUGGAAACUACACCUGUCUGGCCGUCAACAACAGAACCAUGAGGAAUCAAACAUCCCACACAGCAGUUGUAACUGUACUGACAUCACACAUCUCCGACGUGGUGAUCACCCCCAACACAACAGACUUAUCAGAAUUCAGCAGCUCGGUCAGUCUCUCCUGCUCCUCCUCCGGAUCAUUUCCGUCUUUCCUGUGGCUGAACGACACGUCUCAGGUCACAGCCAGCGACAGAGUCUUGCUCAGCGAUGGCGGCGCCACGCUUACGAUCGUCCGUGUGACACGUUAUGACCAAGGACCAUAUCAGUGCCACGUGUUCAAUAAUUUCAGCAAUUCCACCAGUGAGCCGCUGAAACUCUCCAUCAGCUUCGGCCCAGAAAAUAUUAAUUUGAAGCUGUUUCCAUCUCAACAAUUCUAUGAAGAAGGAUCCAAUGUGACCCUGAUCUGCUCAGCUGUCUCCAGACCCGGAGCUCUGUAUCACUGGUUCCUCAAUGGAGACCAGCUGCCUUACACUGGAGCAGAGCUCAGACUGAUGAACAUUGAAGAGAGUCACAGUGGUAACUACAGCUGUCAGGCCUUUAACAACAAAACUAUGAGACAUGAAACAUCUCAGCCCUCUGCUCUGUCCGUGCUGGUGCAGGUUUCUGAUGUGGUGGUGACAUCAAACACCACAGAGGUGCUGGAGUUCACCUCUGUCCGUCUGUCCUGCUCCUCCUCUGGAUCCUCCCUCUCUUUCCUCUGGUUCAACGGCAGCUCUGAGGUCACGGCCAGUGACAGAGUCCAGCUCACUGAUGGAGGCUCUGCGCUCACGAUACGUCAUGUGACCCGCUAUGACCGGGGACCAUUCAGGUGCAACGUGUCAAAUGGUGUCAGUGAUGGAAUCAGCAAGUCACUGCGUCUUGUCAUCAAAUAUGGACCUGACCAUGUGACCAUCAUCGGACCCAAAUCUGUCCCUGCUGGAGAUUUGACCGUUCUCUACUGCUCCACUGAAUCUGUUCCAGCAGCAAACUUCACCUGGCUUUUCAGAGGAAAGCCAACGUAUGGUCAUGAGGUUGUGCACAUCAUCCAGUCAAGCCAAGACUCUGACAGCGGGACGUACACCUGCACUGCUGAGAACACCGUCACGGGACGGAGUCACACGACACACCAUGAGUUCACAGUCACAGAUUCCUCAGACUGUGGCUGCUCAUCUGCAGCAGGUCUAGCUUUAAUCAUCACAGCUGGAGUUUGUCUCAUCAUUGCAGUGGUGACUGGAAUAAGUGCGUGUGUUGUGGUUAGAGGGAAAAGAGUCAACAGUAAUUAUCCUCUAUAUCAACAAGGUCAGUGUUUAUUACACCUUACCCAUCGUAUCCAGACAAGUUACAUAGGUAUGUGCAUGGGUGAAGGUGUCUUACCUCAGGGGCCCCUGCAUGGAGCCGUGGGGGGCUCCGUGAGAUUCACCACAAACCUGUCGCCCUCUGAGAAGCCAUUCUCCACCGUCAGCUGGAGGUUUAGCAACACUUCCUCAGCUGUGUCAUUUAAUAUCAUCACCUCCUCCAUGUCCAACAACUACACAGAACACGGAUAUAACAACAGGAUCUCACUGGACCGAGCCACCGGAGGCCUGGACCUCAGAGACCUGAGACUGGAGGACAGCGGGGAGUACACACUCACCAUCAUACCUGAGGGACAGCUGAUUCUGGGGAGGACCACUCUCAAAGUCUAUGAGCCGAUCAAAGACGUCCGCGUGGAAUCGUGGAUGAAUCCUCCCAGGGAAGGUCAUCCAUACAUGCUAACAUGCAAUAUGAGUGGAUUCCCUGAAAUGAUUCACUGGAUAAAAACCAGAAUGCAAGAACGCAGUGAAAUAGGAGGCGUUUUCGACGUGAAUAACCGAACAAUCACCUUCAACCCAUUGAAACGCAACGACACUGGAGACUAUAAGUGCAUGGCUGCCAAUCCUCUUGGAAAUAUGACCAGCCUGACUGACAAGCUCCAUGUGAACUUUGGACCGGACGCUCCUGUCUUCCAUGGACCAGCGUUUGUUGAGGAAGGACGAUUUUCCACCUUCACCUGUUCUGCCGUGUCGGUGCCUCCCGGUCAGUUCAGCUGGUGGUUCAAUGGCACCGAGGUGGCCGAUACUUCAGUGUUCAGAACCAAACCUUUCACCUUCAACAUGAGCGGAGAAUACACGUGUAUGGCACACAAUCGUGUGACGACCAAGAACAGCACAAAGUCUAAGAUGGUCACAGUUAUUGAGGCCAUAGAGUCAGUGAUGAUCCACCACGACACACUUCCAAUCAAUUCUGAAAACUUCACCCUCAGCUGUGAAGUUACUGGACCCUACGACGCCAUCUACUGGACGAAAGACGACACACUCCUCAACAUGAACGCCUCUGCCUCUGACACACACAUGAACGUCCACACUGUCAACAACACACUGCUCUUCACUCCAGUGACGGUCGACGACGACGGCACAUAUCAGUGUUUCGCGACCAAUAAGGCUGCUCGACAUGGAAGCCAACAAUACAAGCUCCUGGUUAACUAUGGCCCUGUGAGUGUCAGCAUCACUGGUCCUGACCCAGUGACGUCAGACUCCAGCCGCGUGUCACUGACGUGUUCCGCUGACUCUCAGCCAGACUGUGACUUCUCCUGGUUCUUCAACAACGACACAUCAGCAGUGUCGCAGAGUGGCUCAGUCAUCACGUUCUCUGCCACUAAAGACAAUGAAGGGAAGUACACAUGUGAGGCGACAAACCCUGUGACCAACAUCAGCGUGUACAAAAGUGCAGCUUAUAACGGUCACACCUCAGCUCUGCACUUCUCACCUCGAGCUGGUCUAACGCUGACUUUGUUUGCUUUGUGUGUGUCCAUGCUGCUCAAAUGAUUCCUUUCAAAGGCCGCUCGCCGCUACAAUAUUGCUGUGAAAUUAAACACAAGACGUUGAUUGUUAUCAUUAUUAUUAUUAUUUUGGUCAAACUAAAUCUGCAAAGACCUGUUGAAGAACGGUGAAAUGGACUGAGUGUAUAAUAAAGGGUACAUUUAAUGACA